AUUCGUGUUUCGACUGUGAGACUUUCGCGUCGUUUGUUUCUAAUUUAUUUGUAGUAAUUCGGCUCCACAACACUCUAAAGUCAGCCAAAAUAAUUUAUAGACGAAUAAUUACAAUUUCAAUACCAAUAAUCUCAAAUACGAGCUACUGAGUAAUAUUCACCUUAAAAUGAGUGUAUUAAUUGUAUUCAUUGCUAUAGGUUAGAAAGUAUUUGUCAUCAUUUUUUUAGUUAUUACUACCGUAUGUUAGAAAUAGAAUUACUCUUCACAUUUAAAUCUAAGACUUAAAAGGUGUAUUGUGUUAUAUUGGAGAAGAAAUGGGUCUCAUACUAUCAAGAUUUCGGCGCAAGAAAACAACAACAGAAGUACUCGAACAGUUGGAGACGAAGAUAAAGAGGAUAGAGAAGGAUGGAGAAUACAAAGAGAAGAGACACAAGCGCGUGCUCGGGUACAUCAUGUCGGUGUCAGUGGGUCUGUACGUCCUUUUCGCACUCAUGUACUACUACAUGUAUGUGGGAAGGAGCCAGUACUGGUUGCACUCGGUCAUGUACGCAUCGCCGCUACUGCUGUUGCCUGUGCUAGUCAUAUUACUCCGUUCGACGGUAUCCUGGUACUACAGACUGACCUUGGAUAAGAACAGAAAGGUGCUGAACGAGAUGCGAGAAGAAAAGAAGAAGAUACUAGAACAAGUCAUGAACACGGAAACAUAUAAGAUAGCGAAAGAGAUCCUGGAUAAAUACGGAAAUCCAGAAGGGCAGAUGAAGUCAUUGAAGCCUUUUGUGCCUUCUACUACACCUAGUAUUAUUGCUACGUCACCACCAGAAACACCUGUAAACUUGAGACAAAGGCAGCUCAUGCAGACUUCGACUCCGAACAAUAAAAUUGUACCGCUUAUGAACAACACGACAAUGUUCAACGGCGCUCGAAUUAAAAUGGAGCAACUUCCGCGCCCCCUGCCGGAGCGAAAUCGUUCGGCUCUAGACAAAGUAGUCGACUAUCUAUUGAAGGACGGGCCCAACUAUAGAAUGGCCCUUAUAUGUACAGAGUGUUAUUCGCAUAACGGCAUGGCGAUGAUAGAGGAGUUCGAAUUCGUUUCGUACAAGUGCGCGUACUGCGGACGAUUCAACCCGGCGAGGAAACAAAGGCCCACAGCGCCGGCCCUAUCUCCUCUCAAGGCCCUCACGCUGAAUAACAAUGGGACUGCGUUCGGAAGUGACGAAUCUUCUGUAGCUAGUUCUGGUAGCGACACUGAAGAUGAAAAGAACGUGGAAACGAAUCUCAUUAAAGUGCCCGGUCCCGAUAACGAAUCAGAUCGGCCCCCCUCUCCAACAGAAGUGGAACCGAAAUCUGAAAUAGAGAAGAAACAAGACUGAUCCGUGUGUUUGUCACAACGAGGUUACGUUGUUCGAUUCGAUUCAUUUCAAACUCGAUUAAUCGAUAUGUUUACGUUAUGAUGCUCGUGUAAUUAGUCUAAUUAUUUAUUCUAUAGAAAAUAAUAAAUAUCAGUCGAUAUACAGGAUGUAAUCUUUAAGUAUAUUGCUUUCGAUAUCAGUUUAAAGUUUUUUGAUAUCUGUAAUAGUUACGGAAUAAUCGCCUGGUCACUCUUAACGAUAACAUCCUGUAUAUACGGGCACUCGUAAUGUGAUGUGGAAAUGUAGCAUUUUUGGCAGGAAUCAAUAAAAAACAUCGCUACUUAGAAGUAUUGCGAUUGGUGUUUCUCAGAAUCGAAUAAUCGAUAUCACGAUGUAUCGAUAGUUGUGAUUAUGAGUCUGCUAGUGAUGUUAAAAUCGAUGCAUGUUUUAAUCGUUUAGAAAGACGAUUUUUUUAAUGAAUCGUAGAUUUUAAUUUGAUCGAGAUAGGAUUGCAUAAAUUUUAAGAUGUAGAAAAUGAACAAAGUUGUUCCUGCAUUAAUUAGGCUAUCGAUAGAAAGAGACAAAACUAUGCGGCAAAGACAUAGUAAUAUUAUGAAGAGAUCUGAUUUCGAACCUUGACAAAAAAACAAAAUAUAUACAGGUAUUUUUAACAUGGAUUAAAUACAAUGAAAAUAUAUAACCAAUAUGGUCUGUGAAUGGUAUAGGGUAUAUACUUGAUUUGUUCCAGCAAAUACCAUACUCUCACCACACGCUGCAAAAUAGGAUAUCAUCCCCACCAUCUGGCGUUCGUCUACAGUGCGUGUUGCUGGAAGCUGUGUUAGAUAGCUUCCAACAACACACAACCAAAUUAUGUUUAUUUUUAUGACAACAAGGGACGAGACGAGCAGGACGUUCAGCUGAUGGUAAUUGAUACGCCCUGCAAAUUACAACGCAGUGCCGCUCAGAAUUCUCUAAAAACCCAAAAUUUCUGAGCGUAACUACAAUUGCGGUCGUCAUCAUAAGCUCUUACGUCUCAUUUGCCCAGUAAUUUCAUUAGCUACAGCGCCCUUCAGACCGAAACACAAUAUUACUUACGCAUUACUGCUUCAUGGCAGAAAAAGGCGCCGUUGUGGUACCCAUAAUCUAGCCGACAUCCUGUGCAAAGGAGCCUCCCUGGUAAAUUCUGGUAAAUUCCCUUAGUCGCCUCUUACUUGAAGCCUGGGACUUCUCUAUUUUAUUUAUGCCUCGGGUAAGCACAGGGCAAUAAUGAAUGAGGUUCCAUGUUCAAUAUUUCCAGGUCGUGACGACAAAACCAUACUCAUAUCCACCUAAAAAACCAGCAGUGCUCCUGUGAUUCCUCUAUCCCAUUUAAAAGAACCAGAGAAAAGUAAUAUGCCGCUAUUUCGUCGCUUUUUAUCGAGUAGUCUAUUUUUAAUGCGGGCUGAUCUUUUUUUUAACAUUCGAAUAUUUGUUCAUCAAAUUGAAUGAAGCGAUUCCUUAAUCGAUUUUAAUGAUUGUUUUCCUAAUUUUGGGCGGUUAGUAAAUUUUUAUAAAUUUUUUAAUACGUUUGAUAUAUUGAAUUGAAUAUUCGGGUAAAGUAAAUUGCGUAAUUAUAAAUAUUGAUUAUUGCUUUUCACAAAUCGUGCCUUUUAUAAUGAAAGGCUCAAUAAUAUUGUGAUAACCAGGGAUUAUGGUCGAGAUAAAUGUACAAAAGCCAUUUGUUUCGAAAAUAGAACAAAAUGGCGUUAGGGUGGAUUCACACAUAGCGUUCGCGAAGCGUGUUGAAACCGCGUAGAAUCACAUUAGAAAUAUUAUUUAUUUAUUGCUAUUAAGGCCUUGGAAUCUUUCUAGUUUUAUAGUUAGUGUGUUAGUUUAGUUGAAAGGUUGAAGCAAAAGUCGAAAUAUGAACCCUAAAGUGAGUAAAGUUAAUAAAAAGGCACAUAAUUGAUAAUUCCGUGUGUUCCUGAGCUUUUCCCAAUCUCUCGUGAGCAGGCUUGUUACUUAUAGUAUUUUCAAUCAAAAGAUUUAAUGACGAUUCUUCGAAUGUCAAAAUAUGUUAAAGCAUUGCUUUGUUUUAAACGCGAAGGGAUCACGCGCAGCAUGCAAAGCAAUUUUAGCUUUGUUUUUAAACUUUAAAUGCGGGGCUGGUAAGGGGAAUAUAAUCAGUAUUGUCUGUUUUGUAUGGAUAGGGGAGUAUCUAACUUUACAAGGCGUCCCACGACUAUGCACACAUGCACAUGUAGGCUGUAAAAUAUUGUACAUGUAUCACAUUACUCAAAGAAGACUUAAAAUAAUUGCUUAAUUGAACCAGAAAUUGAACAUGAUAAUGUCAAUUGUCUAAAUCCUUACGGAAAUGUCGGCUUAUCAUUUUUGUGAACAAAAUUUUACGUCAUAUGUUCAAAUUCAUGGUAUUCCUUUUAUUUCUGAUGCUAUGUUAUGUAGCAAAAAAUAGGCCGUUUGAUGAAGCCUUUCGAUCGGUAUGAUAAAGCUACAGGGUAUUGUUUUUGAUUGUGUAGCGGGUUCGAUUCCCAGUUCAAUCAGGCAAUUAUUUAAAAAUUCUGAGUGUAGUUAAAAUCAUUUUUUAAAUUAAAAUAAAGUAUUUCAGUAAAAUGUUACAUCUCCAAUAUUUAAGGUACUUCUCCUCCAUAUGGCGUAGUCGUGGGACGCCCUGUAUAUAAAAUGUUUAAUAAUAUGAUAUGAUGAAGAAAUAUUUCAUUACUACAGCUACAACUGAGGUUUAUAGUAUUAAAAUCUUAAUACAUGACAGUGACAUCUUGCUGCGAAAAUAAACGUCACACUAGCUGUCCAUGUAUUUGUGAACGCGAGUUUUUGUAUGGCGUAUUAACGCAGCAUUAGCUAGUAGAAAAUUUAUCGAGUUUCAUUCACGAUACCCUUUAUUAUUUAAGUAUGCUUUCCAUAAUGUUAUUUAUUGUAAUUUAUAAUUCUAGCAUCAUUUUUUAACAGAAUAAAAAUUGAAAUAUAUUAUUUGCGCUGAUGUAAACGAGUUAGUCAUUCGUUCCCUUACCUAUCAACUUGUAUGGUCCCGUUUCCAAUUUCUAUUUUAUAGUAUGUUUUACCAUGUGUCUGACCAUUUGGAAUAACAUAAGGCUGUAUACUUUUAAGUCGAAUGUAAUUCUGUAGACUAUUAAAAAUUAACGUCUUUAACAUAUGCGUCUCGACUCUCGACACAAACCGUCCGUGUAGUUUUUUUUUUAAUUUUAUUAUAAAAGCGCAUUAGCUAACCCUGUGGCGUUUUUUAAUCCUGACAUGUGUAUCCAGCCUUAUGUACUAUUUCGUUGUAAAUUUAAUAAUUAAAAAAAAAUAUAAUUAUCUAUUAGGAAUAAAAUCAUGUAACUAUACUCAAAAUAAUCUCUAGUCAGAUGUAAUAAAUUGCAUUUUGUAUAAUUUUUGUUGAAACUUCCCUACAUUCCUUAUUGCUGACUUAAGAUUUUAUUGCGUCUUUUUUCUCGUUACCAUGCAUAUAAUAUACGUUAUAGUGUGCGUCAAAUAACAAAACCAACACGGCUAAUGUUCGGAAACUAUAUUAAAUAUUACAAAAAGUCUGAAAAGAGUAUAUAUAUUUUAAAUUAAAUUCAAAAUUCGCACUAAAAUGCAAAUACUUUCCCAUGACUGUUUAUGUUAGUCGAAGUCAAGUAACAGCGUCGUAAUUUAUCUAAAAAAAUGAAGGUAGUGUGGUAAUUUAUUAAAAAAAAACGAAGAUGGUAUGUCAAAUUUAGGUUUAUAAUUUUGACACCUCAAUAGAGAAAUUACAUUUAGUAGAAUACGUGUGUUGUCUGUUAAAACCUUAUAUUGGCUAAAUUAUGAUGGACUUCCCACGAAGUUCACAAAAAAAAGACGGAAUAGAUUAGAAACUUAAAGAUAGUCCGGGGUUGUUUGUUACGCGUAGCACAUCACUAAGUGGGCGGUACCCAUCAAUGAAGUACAACAUUAUAUAUAAUGAAAAUUUUUACCUAAAAAAAUACGAAAUAUCAUAGGCGUGAGCUGUCAAAAUUAUCAAUUUGAUGGACUUUUACAUAAAUAUUCAUGCUAAUAAUAGCUUUUAUAAUAAUUGCCACAUUGUAAUUCCACUGCUAAAAGAUUAAAGAGAGAACAAAAUAUAUUUAUUACUUAACAAUAGAUGCUUUGACGUAAUGAUAAAAUAUGAUAUUGGGAUCGGCAGGGAUCUUGAGCGGUGUACGAAUCUAAUGAAUAAUUCCCUAAAAGCUGGAGCCGAUUUCGAUUAUUCUUGGUUGGGUUCAACGAGUGACGGUUUAUACAAAAAGGAUGUGUGGCCAUUGUUCUUAGUUUAAAGACAUGACAAAGCCUUACACGAUAGUCUCUAAUCUUUUUCGCUUUCAAUGACGCCUCUCAAGAUCCGUAUCGAUAGAAACUAAUCCAAAAAGAAAUAUAAUAUUUGUGACAUUUUAAAUUGAACAACAACACAUUGUAUAAAUAUAUUAAUAAUGACAUAAUAGUGGAGGAACUGACAAGUAGCCGUGAAACCUAUUGCCCACUAACAAUCUUAAAAAGCUUUUGUUUUGUAAAAAUUGAUUAUUAGUUGUUGAUAUUCUUCAUAAAUCAGUUAAAUAAAAAUAAUUAUGUAUG